UCUCCAGCUUCAACAGUCCCCAGCUUCAACAGUCCCCAGCUUCAACAGUCCCCAGCUUCAACAGUCCCCAGCUUCACCAGUCCCCAGCUUCAACAGUCCCCAGCUUCAACAGUCCCCAGCUUCAACAGUCCCCAGCUUCAACAGUCCCCAGCUUCAACAGUCCCCAGCUUCAACAGUCCCCAGCUUCAACAGUCCCCAGCUUCAACAGUCCCCAGCUUCAACAGUCCCCAGAUUCAACAGUCCCCUGUUUCAACAGUCUCCAGCUUCAACAGUCCCCAGCUUCCACAGUCUCCAGCUUCAACAGUCCCCUGUUUCAACAGUCUCCAGCUUCAACAGUCUCCAGCUUCAACAGUCCUCAGCUUCAACAGUCCCCUGCUUCAACAGUCCCCAGCUUCAACAGUCCCCAGCUUCAACAGUCCCCUGUUUCAACAGUCCCCAGCUUCCACAGUCCCCUGUUUCAACAGUCUCCAGCUUCAACAGUCCCCUGUUUCAACAGUCUCCAGCUUCAACAGUCUCCAGCUUCAACAGUCCUCAGCUUCAACAGUCCCCUGCUUCAACAGUCUCCAGCUUCAACAGUCUCCAGCUUCAACAGUCUCCAGCUUCAACAGUCCCCUGCUUCAACAGUCCCCUGCUUCAACAGUCCCCAGCUUCAACAGUCCCCAGCUUCAACAGUCCCCUGCUUCAACAGUCUCCAGCUUCAACAGUCCCCUGCUUCAACAGUCCCCUGCUUCAACAGUCCCCAGCUUCAACAGUCUCCAGCUUCAACAGUCUCCAGCUUCAACAGUCCCCUGCUUCAACAGUCCCCAGCUUCAACAGUCCCCAGCUUCAACAGUCCCCUGCUUCAACAGUCCCCAGCUUCAACAGUCCCCUGCUUCAACAGUCUCCAGCUUCAACAGUCUCCAGCUUCAACCGUCCCAGCUUCAACAGUCCCCUGCUUCAACAGUCCCCAGCUUCAACAGUCCCCUGCUUCAACAGUCCCCUGCUUCAACAGUCCCCUGCUUCAACAGUCUCCAGCUUCAACAGUCUCAAGCUUCGACAGUCCCCAGCUUCAACAGUCCCCUGCUUCAACAGUCCCCUGCUUCAACAGUCUCCAGCUUCAACAGUCCCCAGCUUCAACAGUCCCCUGCUUCAACAGUCCCCUGCUUCAACAGUCCCCUGCUUCAACGGUCUCCAGCUUCAACAGUCUCCAGCUUCAACAGUCCCCAGCUUCAACAGUCCCCUGCUUCAACAGUCCCCAGCUUCAACAGUCCCCUGCUUCAACAGUCCCCUGCUUCAACGGUCUCCAGCUUCAACAGUCUCCAGCUUCAACAGUCCCCAGCUUCAACAGUCCCCUGCUUCAACAGUCUCCAGCUUCAACAGUCUCCAGCUUCAACAGUCUCCAGCUUCAACAGUCUCCAGCUUCAACAGUCCCCUGCUUCAACAGUCCCCCUCCUUCAACAGUCCCCUGCUUCAACAGUCUCCAGCUUCAACAGUCUCCAGCUUCAACAGUCUCCAGCUUCAACAGUCCCCAGCUUCAACAGUCCCCUGCUUCAACAGUCCCCUGCUUCAACAGUCUCCAGCUUCAACAGUCUCCAGCUUCAACAGUCUCCAGCUUCAACAGUCCCCUGCUUCAACAGUCCCCUGCUUCAACAGUCCCCUGCUUCAACAGUCUUCAGCUUCAACAGUCCCCAGCUUCAACAGUCUCCAGCUUCAACAGUCCCCAGCUUCAACAGUCUCCAGCUUCAACAGUCUCUAGCUUCAACAGUCCCCAGCUUCAACAGUCUCCAGCUUCAACAGUCUCCAGCUUCAACACUUUCCAGCUUCAACAGUCCCCUGCUUCAACAGUCUUCAGCUUCAACAGUCUCCAGCUUCAACAGUCUCCAGCUUCAACAGUCCCCAGUUUCAACAGUCUCCAGCUUCAACAGUCCCCAGCUUCAACAGUCUCCAGCUUCAACAGUCUCCAGCUUCAACACUUUCCAGCUUCAACAGUCCCCAGCUUCAACAGUCUCCAGCUUCAACACUUUCCAGCUUCAACAGUCCCCAGCUUCAAUAGUCUCCAGCUUCAACAGUCCCCAGCUUUAACAGUCUCCAGCUUCAACAGUCUCCAGCUUCAACAGUCCCCAGCUUCAACAGUCUCCAGCUUCAACAGUCUCCAGCUUCAACGAUUUCCAGCUUCAACAGUCCCCUGCUUCAACAGUCUUCAGCUUCAACAGUCUCCAGCUUCAACAGUCUCCAGCUUCAACAGUCCCCAGCUUCAACAGUCUCCAGCUUCAACAGUCUCCAGCUUCAACAGUCCCCAGCUUCAACAGUCUCCAGCUUCAACAGUCUCCAGCUUCAACAGUCUCCAGCUUCAACAGUCCCCAGCUUCAACAGUCUCCAGCUUCAACAGUCUCCAGCUUCAACAGUCCCCAGCUUCAACAGUCUCCAGCUUCAACAGUCCCCAGCUUCAACAGUCUUCAGCUUCAACAGUCUCCAGCUUCAACAGUCUUCAGCUUCAACAGUCUUCAGCUUCAACAGUCCCCAGCUUCACCAGUCUUCAAAAUACUCUAACUAAUAAUCUCAUUGACAUCAUAAAG